AUGUCAAAUCGAUAUCGCUAUGGCGAGCUUGUGGAAAUCGAUGUCUCUGUUCUUGCUGAAGAUGAACAUACAUUUAUCAGCGGGUUCAAGCUUGUUUACACUGGUGGUACGCCGAGCAUCCAUUUUGGCUAUCAGAUCCUUCAAAAGCAGAUCAAGAUUGAGCUUCGCAGUCAGCAGCUGACUGGGUUCCAGGUCUUUGCUGGGGAUGGGAGAAUUCAGGCUAUACGUCCAAUAUUUGACCAAAGCCAUGGGAUAUGUCAUAGUACUAUUGGUAAUCCAAAAGCAACCUGUCAACCAGUCCUACUCAUUCCAGAUGGAAAGUUAAAGGCCUUAGCUGGUGAUUUUGAUCUUUGCAGGAUGGUAGGGCUGGGAUUGGGCACUUCAUUGCGUCCAAGAUCGUGA